AUGGAGAUGCAGAUGACCUUUUACUGGGGCUAUGAUGCCACCAUUCUCUUCUCGUGGUGGCAGUCCACGACCGCUCUAGAAUUCUACCUCUCUUGCCUCACCAUCUUCUUCCUCUGUCUCGGCAGCUCAAAGCUGAAAGCAAUAUGCCACGAUAUUCGGGCGGGGCCUUCCCGGAAGCCGUGGCUUGCUUGGGUGCCCCAUUCUCCCACAGCUGCGAGCUGUGCAGAGCCUUCAGGUACCACAGCUGAGGGGGGUUCGAACGGCUUGCAUGCAUCAUCUCAGUCGCCUCCAGCAGCCGAGCAGGGCAGGUGGAUGGGGGGCCCGCCUCUCCUCUCCGGGGGGGCCCCUCAAUCACUUUACCACAUGGACGCCACCGUGUGGGCUCAGUUGUCUGCUCACCCGGUUCACGGCACUCAACCUGAUCUUGCCGGGAGUCGUCCUAAAAUUCAAAGAGCGAAGCCCGUGGUGGUUUGGCUGCUGAUGUUCAUUUCCGUAAUGAUUGACUGGGCCAUGAUGCUCGUCUGCAUGACCUACAAUGGGGGCCUGUUCCUUGCAGUGGUAGGAGGCGUCUCCACCGGUCAGCUGCUCCUGCAGCAUCACAGCGAUAAGAGCGGCGACUGCUGCUCUGCGAGCACUCACGGCUAA